CGACGCUUGAUACAGUAGCGAGAGUACAACUUUAUAUUAAUCUGUGAUGUUGCACACAUAUACAAAUCAUCACCGGUCACUAGUCAGUAUAAAUCCAUUGCAUAGUGUGGGUAUAUAUCGGCCGGCGUAUGAAAGAGAUAUUUCAAGGAGUGGCUGCAUUUCCUAGCAGGGAAAAUGAAAACAUGCAAUAGCAGGGAUGAAGAAAGGGAAUUGGCGUGACAGGGGCAGGGACCGUAGGCGACUCGGUUACCGCUCUGACUGGCAAAGGGACAGGACACAGGAACAAAGGUAUGGCAGCAGUGAAGCAGGCCCCUCCUACAGAGACAGGACCCCAGAGAAUAGGUCUAUUUCUAGUAGUGCAGCCUCCUCCUCCUCCUCACCCUCCUCCUCCUCCUCCUCCGCUGCUCCAGAGCUGCCGGGGUUCUACUUUGACGCUGAGAAGAACCGUUACUUCCGGCUGCUGCCGGGCCACAACAACUGUAACCCUCUGACCAGAGGGCUGCUGCAGGAGAGAGAGCAGGAGAAGCACAGGGCCAGGAUGAUCACUGAGGACGAGAGGCCCAGGAAGAAAGCACCAAGAGCAGGCCUGAACUCAGCUCUGUUGCUGCAGAAAAGACAUCUGGGUCUGCUGCCUGGGAACUCUUACAGUAGGCUGAUCCAUGAGGUGAAGGUGAGUGGGAUGAGACGUCACAGACUGGAGGUCCAGAGCUCUGAAAGCAGCAGUCCCAACACAGACCACUUUAGACUCAUAGUGGGUGACUCUGCAUGUGAGCGAGUGUUCACGGUUAACGACGUGUCUCACGGAGGCUGCAAGUACGGCAUCAUGAACUUCAGAGGCUGCAGCAGGGGCUCCCUGUCUGUCAAGAUGUGUGACAACCUCUACUUUACAAAUAGAAAGGUGAACUCAAUCUGCUGGGCCUCCGUCACCCACUCUGACUCACACGUCCUCCUGUGUCUGGUGGGCAUGGCAGAGACUCCUGGCUGUGUCAGUUUACUACCAGCCUCGCUCUUCAGCAACUCCAACCCAGACCAGCCAGGGAUGCUGUGUAGUUUUAAGAUCUCUACAGCCUGGUCCUGUGCCUGGUGUCUCAACCCUCAGGCGGACAAAACAUUUAGCACGGGUCUGUCUCGCAGGGUGAUAGUGACGGACGCAGUGACGGGCAGGAGACAGACCUAUGGCAUCGGCAGUGAUGUGCUGGCACAGCAGUUUGCCCUCAGGGCUCCGGUCCUGUUUAAUGGUUGCAGGUCAGGAGAGAUCUUCAGUAUCGACCUGCGUCAGAGAGGCAGACGGGACCACAGCUGGAAGGCCUGCAGGUUCUCCCAGGACUCUGCUAUCACCUCCGUACGAAUACUACAGGAUGAGAACUACCUACUGGCCGCGGACAUGAUUGGAGAGAUCAAGCUGUGGGAUGUACGAGUAACAAAACCAGUGAGGAAGUACGAGGGUCAUCAUAACCAACACGCCUACUUACCCCUCCACGUCAACGAAGCUGAGGGACUGCUGAUGGCUGUGGGUCAGGACUGCUACACCCGUCUGUGGUCUUUGGGGGACGGCCAGCUCCUGAGGACCAUCCCAUCUCCCCACCCUGCUGGAAAGGACAUGAUCCCCAGCGUGGUCUUCUCUUCUCAGCUAGGAGGCAACAGAGGCCUGCCUGGUCUCCUCAUGGCUGUCAGGCACGAUCUGUAUUACUUCUCUUAUAACAGUGACUACCAGGAGGGAGGAGGGGUAGUGGCUACCAGGAGGGAGGAGGGGUAGUGGCUACCAGGAGGGAGGAGGGGUAGUGGCUACCAGGAGGGAGGAGGGGUAGUGGCUACCAGGAGGGAGGAGGGGUAGUGGCUACCAGGAGGGAGGAGGGGUAGUGGCUACCAGGAGGGAGGAGGGGUAGUGGCUACCAGGAGGGAGGAGGGGUAGUGGCUACCAGGAGGGAGGAGGGGUAGUGGCUACCAGGAGGGAG